CGGGGGGUAAAUGGAGGAGUUUCGAGCGGAAACGACCGCGCUGUUAUGACCCGCGGAUUUAAAUUUGGAAUAUGAUUUGCAUGCCCCGUUAGGAAGAGAGAGAGAGAGAGAGAGCACAAAGAGAUCGAAAGGUGCGGGGCAGGGGAACCAGAGACAGAGCCAGAACCAGCGCCUGCAAGAAGAUGUGACCGUAGUAAACGAUCGACGUUUGUCGGAGAAUGGAGGGACUGACUGACGGCCCAUUCGCACAUGGCGUCAGCUGCUGCAGCCUUUUCCCCUUUGGCGGACUCUACAGACGCAGCACUGAUUCGAAGGAGCCUCACUUGGUGCGGCCUGAGGACGCGAACUGACCGACGGACUGAUUGACGAGGAGGCCUCGGACUGCGACAUCAACAGUGAGUCCAGAUCGGGGUUGUAGUACGAGGAGGGCAAGUGAUGCGUGUGUCUGUGUGGGGGAAGACGCCCGCAAUAGUGGAAGUGGGAGGGAGUUAUUAGAUCGCGAGUUCCGGUUCGGCUUGAUGGUGGCCGAUUGCUGCUAGCACGCGGUGGCAGAGGAAUUUCUUUUCUUUUCUCAUCGUAGGGAGUCGAAGAGGACGAGGCAUGAACUCGGUGUCUGAUGGAAGAGUAGGAUUCAUCAUUCAUCCUCGCGUCCGGCAGUUAGUUUAGCUCUACGGUAGCAUUGGGCAUAAAAUUGGUUCGAAGAUCCCUUCCUUGUUUCCUUGUUUCCUUCCUUCCUUUCCCCUACCCACCCUCCCUCUCACCCACCAACCAAUCAAGAAACCAACCAACCAACCAACCAAAGCAAGGAAGCAAAACUUUAUUUUGUUGUUGUUGUUAUUGUUGUUCCUGACGACACUGAGCGGGCAGCGAGAGCAUCGAGCAGGAUCGGGCGGCAUUUAGUGGAUUGACGACGUUUUUGGUGGUUUCUUGAAGAGGCCAUAGCCAUGACUGCCGAACAUUCGCCUCACGCUUCACCAGAAUCGUAUCCAUCGUUUGCGGGAAAGGGCUCUGGUGGCCCUCUACUGGGCUCGUUCACUCUGGAUUCUCAAGGAGCGGCCUUACCUUCUCAAUUUAAGAAUGUGUUAGAUUCACAUCCGGAACUCGGAGCUAAACAGGAUGUCGCCCCGUCGAACGGGAAGAGUUCUUCUCCUCCGACUUCCCUUCACGUUCUAGCGGGAGCAGAUUCUUCUCCGAAUGGAGAGCUUGUAGCAAAGCGGGAGGCCUUACCCCAGUCCUAUGUCGAUAGUGCGACCUCUUCGGGUGCCCCCAACCAAAUCCAAGUAAAAUUCAGAGAAGAGCGGGAUGGUAUCCCUAGACGUGACACAUACGGAAACGAUACAUCAUCAGUGGCCUUGGAAUACAGUGGCAGAACUGACAGAACUGAAACUACCACCACCUCCGAUUACACCACGGAAGUCGAGUCGACUUCGACCGAACAAACAUCUCUCACUCGAAGCACUUUGGACUCCGAGCAGCAGUCGUUUCCACAGAGAGCACCAGGGCACGUACCUGCGGUCGGGGACGAACCUGCGGCCGAGAAUCCGAGUCUUUUGACAGGUUUGCCUCAGCCUGCGAAGCCCAGCAUGCUCCGGACCUCAACUGCUGAGAAAGAGGAAUCGUUGAAGAAGUUGGUAGUGAUUCCCGAUUACCUCGGAAAGGGUAUGUCAGCAGCGGUUGAUUCAUCCGACUUAACUUAUGUGGAAGGUCCUCAACUUUCUGCUGCGAAUGCUCCAGAAAAGCCUAUCCUUGUGUUCAUCAACUCCAAAAGCGGUGGCCGUCUUGGCCCCGAGCUGGAGGCAUUGCUUGUGGAGCUCAUCGCUCCCAAUCAGGUGUACGACUUAUCUAAGUGCAAGCCAGUUCCUGCAUUGCGAUACGGGCUGGGCUAUUUGGAGGAGGCAGCAAGAGCCGGUGACGAAUGUGCACGCGCAACUCGGAAUAACCUUCGAAUCAUGGUUGCUGGUGGCGAUGGGACUGUAGGCUGGGUUCUUUCUUCUGUAGCAGAGCUGGAGCGGAAUGAUGAAUUUAAAAUUCCUCCAGUUGGCGUAAUUCCUCUUGGAACUGGAAAUGAUCUAUCUCGAAGUUUUCGUUGGGGAGGAUCGUUUACCAAAUGUACUCGUUCUUCUGUGAGGCGAUUCCUUGUCAAGGCGACGGAGGCUAAGGUUUCGACCCUCGACAGUUGGCAGGUUGUGGUCAAACCAGCACCAUCUCGCAAGGAGGAUCCACUUAAGUUACCCCACUGCAUGAAGGAGCAGCAUCAUAUUCCGCUUGAGAACACCGAAAAGCAGAAGUAUGCUGCAGAAGAGAGCCCAAACUUUGCGGGAGCUUUCUACAACUAUUUCAGUGUUGGUAUGGAUGCACAAGUAGCGUAUGGUUUCCACCACUUACGUGAUGAGGCUCCAUGGCUAGCUCGAGGCCGUCUGAGCAACCAGCUUGUUUACACCGGGUACGGCUGCGUACAAGGUUGGUUCUGCACAGCUUGCUCCACGGCUCCACGGGCCCGGGGAAUUAGACAUUCAGUGAAACUUCAAGUUAUAAGACAUGGAGGUUCGGGUGAUUGGGAGGAUUUGGAGCUGCCCCCCAGUGUCAGAGCGAUCGUCGUAUUGAAUCUGCAAAGCUAUGCUGGUGGAAGGAAUCCUUGGGGCAACCCUAGUGCCAGCCGACUCAAAAGAGAAGGUUUCGUAGAAGCUAGGGCCGAUGAUGGAAUUCUGGAGGUAGUCGGCCUUCGUGACGGAUGGCAUACUGCCGUUGUACUCCUCGAGCUUCUCACGGCGUUCCGACUAGCUCAGGCUGUCGCAGUUAGAGUGGAAAUGGGAGGAAACCGAGAACGAGCUUACAUGCAAAUGGAUGGCGAGCCUUGGCAACAACCUUUAGGUAGUGCAGACGAUAUACCUGCAGUAGUUGAAAUUGGAAAACUUCCUCACGCUUCCGUCAUGUUAUCUAGAAAAUAAGGUGAAUUGUACUUUUGAUUUGGAGUAGUUUUUAGAUGAAAUUUUUCCUGGUUAGAUUGACCAGAGUCUCAGGCAGAUUAUGAGGAAUCUAAGGAACUUGGAAAUGGGUUUGGUAAUUGUAAACUCUGUCUGGUGUAGACCCAGCUACUGGCAGAUCCUCCUGAUGUAUCAUAGCAAGGCAUAGGUGAAACGUUUAUGAACUUUUCACACGGUAAUUGGAGAAGGCAAUCUUACAAUUAUCUUCUCGUGUAAUACUAGUAGUAGAUUUGACUAUCUUUUGGAAAUAUGAUGAUGGCAACAUUGUCAAGAUUUCAACACUCAGGGCAUCGGGCCUGUAGUCAUGCAACUUGGAUGGAGUAGUCAAAAUUAUCAUCCCAGAAUGCUGGACAACUUGGAUUCUAGUUGGCAGACUUCCGCACAUUUUGGUUGUUUCAGAUCCUAUUAGUGUUAGAUAGACGACAUUGUAACUACUUAAACUCCUCCCUAGAUACGGUAGACAUGUAGCGCUUCCACUUGAAUUUAGGUCUUAUAUAGUAGUGAUGUCUAUCUUGUAGGAGCAUGAGUGCAAGAGGACAAUGCACUUCAUGUGAACCAUAGUUGACAAUACUGGUUCAGGUCUUACUUAAAAGCUUUAUCAGAAAUUGGUGCCUUCAUUACUCUUGUAUUGUAAUGAUAAGUAGCACCUUCAAAGCUGAUGCAAAUUUUGUCCAUGAGCGAAAUGAGGGGAUGGUGGCUCCCUCAUUCCGCUUGUCCUGCACCAGAUAAUUAAGAAUUGUUAGGCUGUCCAUACGCUUGUCUAUACACAAAAGGAGGGCAUGUUGAAGUUCACCUUAAUUGAAUGUGUCAGAUUGUUUCC